AUGAUCAAGUUUGCGCUUCUCGUCGUCGCGAUUUUCGCGGUUUCAAACGCUAGAAAACACGUAUUCGCCGAGGAUAGCGAUGAAAGUGAGGAGAUUGUGGGCGGCGAUCUCGAAGUCGGCGAGUAUUGCGCCGCGUUCAACAUCAACUAUCACUACUUUUGCAAAGGAAUCUGGACGCCGGAGAAGCUGAAACGCAAUCGGCGCGUUCUCGAAAAAAUCGGCGACUUUUGCCCAAGCUACAAAAAGGCCUGCGUGACGAGAACCGACGUAAUCAAUAAAGAGCAACGAAAAAAAUCGCAUCGAAAACGAAUGGAGGAAGAAGCGAGCGAUUUGACAUUCGACGAGAUUCUCGAAAAACUUCAAGAGAUCACACCGUGCCGUCAGAGCUGCGAUGUUCGAAUUCAUCCGCAUUGCACUCAAAAAUGCAAGUGUGACUACGAGUACGACCGAAUGAAGGAUUUGUGCAACGUCAAGGAAAUCGACGAGGCCCAUCAUUACUGCCGCACUUGGUACAUGCUCUGCGCGCCAUACCUCAGCGAGUUGGGUCCCGGAGCGUUCGCGUGGCUCGGCGCCGUUCAAUUCGUGGCUGGUGCGAUGAUUGUUUGGGUGGCGGCGGAUGAUUGGGUGAGAUCAUAA